UUGAUAAGUAUCUUUCUAAAUGCAUAUACAACAAGUGAGACGUUUUUAAAAAAAAAAGUUCAAAAACAACAUUCAAAUCGAAAAUGGAAAGUUCAUUAAACGAAUAUGAACAAAAAAUAAUAAAAGUAUUGCAACAAUUUUUAAUACCUGAUUAUAAAAUUGGUAAUGAUACAUAUUUAGAAAUACUUUUAUCCCAAAUAUCUGGGAAGUAUGACGCAGAACUUGGAGAACGUCUUUUAACCAGUAAAAUAUUCACAAAUUGGAUUGAUGAAGCAAUAACACAAUGGGAACAAUCCCCUUUAAAUUUACCCUCCAUACCAAUACAAACAUUUGCGCUAAACCUUACAAGUUUAGUAUCAAGCAACGAAACACAGUUUAUUAAACUCGAUCUAAUCAACUUGUACACUCGAAUGUGUAAAUUAUUUUGCGUCGAACAUGAUUAUACAAACGUUUCAGUUAAACUCGGCUACGUACGAUUACUAACAUCAUUUCUAUCAUAUCCAAGCGGCAUCCAAUGGAUUUUAGAAUCGGAAAGAUGGAAACAUAUUUUAAAAUAUUGUUACAAGAGUCAAACAAUCUACAUAACACGAGAAAGUCAAAAUUUUUUUAUAAAACUAUUAAAAGUCUGUUACGAUAGCGAAAAAUUCAUCGAAUACGUUGAUUUAAUAUUUAUCGAAAUAUUAUUACCCCUUCAGAAAUUACAAAAAGUUGCUGAAAUAAAAAAUGAUGAAAUUGAAGAUGAUAUCACGCCUAUGUUAAAACUUAUUCAAACUAUUUUACAUGAAUUUUAUUUAAAUUAUUCGAAUCCAAAAUUAUUUACGAAAAUUUUUAUCAGUAAAUAUCAAAAUGAUUUAGAGCAAAAUUUAUGGAGCUUAGUAAAUACGACUCCUAACAACAAGUUCCAUAUAAUUUUAGCUCAUAUCUUAACUCAGUUGUAUUUUGGGACUAUUAUUAAUUUAAAAACGGAUAAUAAUAGUUCAGAUGACACCAGUUCUACGACAUCCAGUGAAAGUAACGAAAAUCCUCAAGUUUUAAAUAUAUUUAGUGGAAAAUUAUAUGCCUUGUUUAACUUACUGAUAAGUAAGCGAAGUUUCGGAGCUUUUAUUAAAACCGUUGGGAUCGCGCAUGUGUAUUGUUGUAAGCUAAUCAGUGAACACAAAAUAGAAUAUACGAAUCAACUUGUAAUGUUUCAAUUAAUCCCAAUUGGAAGCUUAAUCCAAAUGUACUUAGAAUUUGACAACAGUUAUUGUAAAUCGGAUCAUCCUGAAAAUGAAAUUAUGGAGUUGUAUAUUGCAAAAUUAUUUAAAAUCUCAUGCGAAGAUACAAUUCGUUUAUGUUAUACAAUUCGUGAUGCGAUUCUCAACGCUGGACCGAAAAUCUGUCAAGAGAUAUGUGUUCAAGGACUCGGUUUAUCAAUGCAAACUCGCACAUAUUACGAACGUGAUCAAAUUAUUAUUUUAUUUCAACAUUUAAUGUAUCUCUUGUUAAAUUUAAGCGAUGCAACGCGUGAUAAUAAACUCCCAAAUGAAUUAGCUGUAGAUCCACAUGGAGUGAUUACGAAUCUUUUGCAGAGUAUAGCGACACUGAUCACAGAGUUUAAAUUAACAUGGCGUGAUUGUGUUGAGACGAUAUGCUUGCUUGAUAAAUCUGUGAAUUUAUUAAAAUCUCAAAUGAUUUCAUCUCGAGCCACGGUGUUGGCUUUGAAAGUGAUACAAUUGGGCAUUGAAAAUUUUAUGGCACCGAAUUUAGCAUUAUUAAUGGAUUCGAUAGAAUGUUCAUCGGCAUUAACUGAUUUGGGACCUUUAUUGUAUCAGCGAUUGCAUGAUGUUCAAUGGGAAAUACGUGAUAGUGUCCUUGAAGUGUUGCAUACGUUAAUCGUUAUAUCUGAACGGAAAUUUCCAGCAUUUCAAAAAUUACUUUUAAAUAAUAAUUUGUGUACAAUAAUUUUGGACAAAGCAAUCAAUGAUUCGGAGAGUUAUGUACGCGCAAUGGCUCUUAAAUGUAUUACAUCUAUGGUUAAAAUUGAUACAUUCUGGAAUAAAGUACUCGAACAAGAAAAUUUGCUUGACAAAACAAUAAACAUCCUGAAAAACGAAACAGAAGGCAUUGUCCGACGUGAAGCUGUUGCCGUAAUCACUGAAAUCUAUGAAAACGAGCGUAUCAAAUGCGACAUUGCAUUAAAACGCACCUACAAAACGAUGUCCCUAAUAACAUUAACCGAUUUACAUUGGGAAGUCAAAAUCAAUGGUUUAGAGUUUUGGCGUCAAGUUAUCUGUAAACAAUUAUCACAUCAAGGCAUGAUCGAUGGUACUUUCCCGGACGUCACCUUCUCCAAAGAGAAUCGUAAAAUAAUCGUUUUAAAUGAAAACGAAAUAAAAAAUCGUUUAUAUAAAGUAUUAAAAUAUUUAUCGAUACACGAUUGCUUAACAGUGUUAAUUUAUUGUUUAUACGAUGAAUGUGAUAUCACUGUAGUGAAUACAGCGCUAUCGAUUCUGUUAAAAAUGAAAGCGUGGUAUAAUAAGUAUAAUAUGUUAAUUAAUAAUAAUAAUAAUAAUAAAAAUAAAACAAUAACGAAUAAUCUUGAAACAAGAAUCGAUAAUAACGAUAGUGUUAUCGAUUCGAUAAUUAAUUCAAAAGAUAUCAAUUUAUUAGUGAAUGUUUAUAAUAAACAGAAUGAUGUGAAUGAAAUGAUUAUUGAUGAACAACAACAACCACAAUCCGAACCACAAAUCCAAAAUAAUUUGGAUGAGAACGAUUUAGUGAAUAAUAAAAUUACACCAGAAUUAUUUUUACAAUAUUUAGGAUGUAUUGAUCCACAAUUAGUUGCCACGGAACGUAAUCGUUGGUUAACACAUUGUACGUAUAAUUUAGAUUCGUUGUUAGAUGAUAUUUUGAAAUCGUAUGAUGAUCAAUUUAAUAAUGUUAUGGAUUGUUAUUAAAUUCGAGAUUUUCAUCUCAAAUUGAAAAGAACU